AUGUUUUCUUUUUUACAUACCUGGAUUGUACCUUCUUUUUUAGUCACCCUGAAAGUGCUUUCUUGUUUAUUUACUCCGAAGGUACUUUCUUUUUCACAUUCCCUGAAGGUACUUACCUUUUUCACAUUCCCUGAAGGUACUUACCUUUUUACAUUCCCUGAAGGUACUUUCUUUUUCACAUUCCCUGAAGGUACUUUUUUUUUCACAUUCCCUGAAGGUACUUACCUUUUUACAUUCCCUGAAUGGACUUUCUUUUUCACAUUCCCUGAAGGUACUUUCUUUUUCACAUUCCCUGAAGGUACUUACCUUUUUACAUUCCCUGAAGGUACUUUCUUUUUCACAUUCCCUGAAGGUACUUACCUUUUUACAUUCCCUGAAGGUACUUUCUUUUUCACAUUGCCUGAAGGUACUUACUUUUUCACAUUCCCUGAAGGUACUUACCUUUUUACAUUCCCUGGAGGUACUUUCUUUUUCACAUUCCCUGAAGGUACUUUCUUUUUCACAUUCCCUGAAGGUACUUACUUUUUCACAUUCCCUGAAGGUACUUACCUUUUUACAUUCCCUGAAGGUACUUUCUUUUUCACAUUCCCUGAAGGUACUUACCUUUUUACAUUCCCUGAAGGUACUUUCUUUUUCACAUUUCCUGAAGGUACUUUCUUUUGUACUCACUCUGAUGGUACAUUCUUCUUUACUCCCAUUGGAGACACUUUCUUUUUGGCUUAUCCAAACGGUAUUUUCAUUUUUACUUCUUCUGAUGGUACUUUUUUUGUCUCACUUUCAAGGUGCUUUCUUUUUUACUUACUCAGAAGUUAUCCUGGAGAUACUUUCUUUUUUAUUCAAUCUAAAUGUACUUUCAUUUUUACUUCCUCUGAUGGUACAUUUUUCUCACUUUCAAGGUGCUUUCUUUUUUACUUACUCAGAAGGGUACUUUCUUUUUUACUCAACCUGAAUGUACUUUCAUUUUUUACUUCCCCUGAUUGUACUUUUUUUUCUCUCACCUUGAAGACACUUUCUUUUUUGCUUACCCUUGAUGUAUUUUCAUUUUUACUUCCUCUGAUGGCACUUUUUUGUCUCACAUUGAAGGUGCUUUCUUUGUUACUUACCCAGAAGGUUCUUGAUUAUCUAUCUAUCUAUCUAUCUAUCUAUCUAUCUACCUAUCUAUCUAUGUCAGCCUUUUCAUUAUCGAUCUAUCUCAGUCAUUUCAUUUUCUUUCUUUCUUUGUUUCUUUCUUUCUUUCUUUCUUUCUAUCUAUCUCGGUCUUUUAAUUAUCUAUCUAUCUAUCUAUCUAUCUAUCUAUCUAUCUAUCUAUCUAUCUAUGUCAGCCUUUUCAUUAUCGAUCUAUCUCAGUCAUUUCAUUUUCUAUCUUUCUAUCUAUCUAUCUAUCUAUCUAUCUCAGUCUGUUCAUCAUCUAUCUAUCUAUCUAUCACUGUUCAUAUCUAUCUAUCUAUCUAUCUAUCUAUCUAUCUAUCUAUCUAUCUAUCUAUCUAUCUCGGUCUUUUAAUUAUCUAUCUAUCUAUCGAUCUAUAUAUCUAUCUAUCUCGGUCUUUUAAUUAUCUAUCUAUCUAUCUAUCUAUCUAUCUAUCUAUCUAUCUAUCUAUCUAUCUAUCUCGGUCUUUUAAUUAUCUAUCUAUCUAUCUAUCUAUCUAUCUAUCUAUCUAUCUAUCUAUGCUCCUGUCCGUCGUAGAAAUUUAUGCAUUUAAGAGAGAUUGCUGUGCAAAUGCACAACAAACUCUCUCUCUCUCUCUCUCUCUCUCUCUCUCUCUCUUUCUCGCAGAUACUGUAAAAGAUGAUAACUUCUAUCUAUCUAUCUAUCUAUCUAUCUAUCUAUCUAUCUAUCUAGCCAGUUCAGUUCAUUUUGGAUCUAUCUAUCUAUCUAUCUAUCUAUCUAUCUAUCUAUCUAUCUAUCUAUCUAGCCAGCCAGGUCUGUUCAUUUCUAUUAUCAUCUAUCUAUCUAUCUAUCUAUCUAUCUAUCUAUCUAUCUAUCUAUCUAGCCAGGUCUGUUCAUUUUCUAUCUAUCUAUCUAUCUAUCUAUCUAUCUAUCUAUCUAUCUAUAUAUCUAGCCAGGUCUGUUCAUUUUCUAUCUAUCUAUCUAUCUAUCUAUCUAUCUAUCUAUCUAUCUAUCUAUCUAGCCAGUUCAGUUCAUUUUGGAUCUAUCUAUCUAUCUAUCUAUCUAUCUAUCUAUCUAUCUAUCUAUCUAUCUAUCUAGCCAGUUCGGUUCAUUUUGGAUCUAUCUAUCUAUCUAUCUAUCUAUCUAUCUAUCUAUCUAUCUAUCUAUCUAGCCAGUUCUGUUCAUUUUCUAUCUAUCUAUCUAUCUAUCUAUCUAUCUAUCUAUCUAUCUAUCUAUCUAGCCAGGUCUGUUCAUUUUCUAUCUAUCUAUCUAUCUAUCUAUCUAUCUAUCUAUCUAGCCAGUUCGGUUCAUUUUGGAUCUAUCUAUCUAUCUAUCUAUCUAUCUAUCUAUCUAUCUAUCUAUCUAUCUAUCUAGCCAGGUCUCCAGGUCUGUUCAUUUUCUAUCUAUCUAUCUAUCUAUCUAUCUAUCUAUCUAUCUAUCUAUCUAGCUAUUCUGUUCAUUUUCUGUUCUAUCUAUUCAUCUAUCUAUCUAUCUAUCUAUCUAUCUAUCUAGCCAGUUCGGUUCAUUUUGGAUCUAUCUAUCUAUCUAUCUAUCUAUCUAUCUAUCUAUCUAUCUAUCUAUCUUUUUCUGUCUCUUUAUCUUCCUGCCACUUUCUCUUAUUUUUACUCUCAGCUUAUCUUCCUCUAUCUUUUUCCUCUCUGUCUCUGUUUUUUCCAUUGUGUCUCUUCAUCUCUCUAUCACCAUCUCCUUUCUUGUUUACUUUCAUUUUUUUUUCCUUGUCACUUUUUUCUCUUUUCCUCUCUGUCACUUUCUUUCUUUCUUUCUUUCUUUCUUUCUUUCUUUCUUUCUUUCUUUCUAUGUCUCCAUCUGUCUUUUCAAUUAUGUCUCUUUAUCUCUUUCACCAUCCCUUUAUUUUUACUAUCAUUUUUUUGUUCUCAUUUUUUCCCUCUUCUCCUUUCUUUCUUUCUUUUUUCUUUCUUUCUUUCUUUCUUUCUUUCUUUCUUUCUUUCUUUCUUUUCCUUUCUAUCCAUUUAUCUCCCUAUCACUAUCUGUUUUAUUUUUACAGCCAUUUUUCCACUUCUCACUUUUUGUCUCUUCUCUCCCCUGUCUCUUUCUUUCUUUCUUUCUUUCUUUCUUUCUUUCUUUCUUUCUUUCCUUGA